GUGACCCAGAGGAACCCACGGGGCUGAUGUGUUACCAGAUGGGCCCCAGCAGGGGCAUGAAUUGCACGUGGCCCAGCAGGACCGGCCCUGAGGCUAACACCACUUACACCCUCCACUACCAGAGCCUGAAGUUCAAACGCAACCAGACGCGAAGUUCCCAGGCCCCCGCCGGACAGAGCUGGGUGGUGAUUGGAAGAAGCAGCCUGACGCACAAUGAGAACUAUGCCGUGUGGGUGGAGGCUGGUGACGGGACCCAGAUCACACCAAGGCUAACUCUGACCCCGCACGAGAUAGUGAAGCCGGAUCCCCCUGUACUGAGCCUAGUGGACGUGACCCCUGUGGUCACUGUGACCUGGACAAACCCCCAAUGGCCCCAGCAUUUCUCCCUGGAUCUGGCCUGCCACCUUCGCUACCGGGUGUCUGGGACCCCCAACUGGACCAGGGUUCAUGAGGAGGAUGUUGAGCCCAACAUCUACGAGUUCUCCAGCCUGGAGCCUUUCACGGCCUAUGAGGUGCAGGCUCGCUGCAUCCCUGGGGACCGGAAGGGCUUCUGGAGCGACUGGAGCCCGUCCCAGACCUUCCAGACCCCCGAGGCUGCCCCGCUGGGCCUGGUGGACGUGUGGCGAGUGGCCAGCCCCCCUGAGUCCGGAGAGCCCAGCCUGCUGCUGCUGUGGAAGCCGCUCAAUUCUGAAGCAGCCAGGGGAGUCAUUCGGAGCUACAGCCUGGCCUUCCGGAACGGCGGCAACAGCUCCGUGAGCCUGGAGGCCGGCUGCUGCAACGUGAGCCUCCCCUCCAGAACCACCCACGUCUGGAUCUCGGCAAACAACCACGUCGGGCGGACGCAGCCUGCCAACCUCAGCUUGGAGCGGCAGGAUCUGCCUGCCCCGGCGGGGGUCCGGGCUGCGGCCGUGCACGGGCAGGAUCUCCUCGUUACCUGGGAGCCCAGCAAGGACCCUCUGGAAGGGGAGCCCAUGGAGUAUCUGGUGGAGUGGGCCGAGGAGUGCAGCAGCUCAAAGGCGGCAUCCCUGGACUGGGUGCGCAGGCCGGCUGGCACCCACAGUGCCCUGCUGACAG